ACCACCCCUCACCCAAACACUCUGCAUAAAAAUGCCAAACCUAACCGCACCCAAAACCUCCCUGUGCGGUGAUGAUCAUGACCAUCAUAAUUAUGAUCACGGAUGGUGGACGGUGGUGAUGGUAAGAGUGGUCUUUCAUGUGCACCAGAUCAAUGUAUCAUAACUCAAGGUGCAUGUUAGCCUUGUCCCUUGCACCACCCCCACACCCACCUAACUGGUGGUGGCCUCAUCCAUCCAUCCUUUUGUAGAUCUCAAAAUCAGCCGCACACCCGCUUUAACCCCACCCAACUCUAGCAAUCAAUCAAUGAUGUCACCAAACAUCAACAACAACCCCACCACCUUCUCCUCCUCCUCCUCCGCCACUCCCUCUUCCCCUCUUUUUUCUCCUUUGCUAUCGUGCGCCGCCUACCUUAUAUUCCAACCCGGACCAAUUCUACCUCCACCGCAAUCAUCUAGUUCUUUCCUUAUCUUUGUCAAGCAGCUCCGUCAUCCUCCACCUCUCCUUAUCCAACCCAGUUAACGUGCGCUGAUUCCCUUAUCCUCCGCCGACCACAACCGAGUUAUUCCUUUUGUUUAUCAAAAAACCUCCUCCGCCGUCCUUAUCCUGCACCCGCGGCCGGCAUCUACAUCGCAAGAUUCUUCCUUUUGUCUCUCCAACAAUUCCUCCCUGAUCCCCCGUUUUACCCUUUUGGGCUUUUUUUUGGUUCUCUUGGAAUUAGGCCAUGGCUACGACUCCGACGUCAUCCUCUCCGCAAGAGACGUCCCCUCUUCCGGUCAACGCUCAACUGCUUCCGGUUCUUCCAGCUCCGCCGCAGCCGUCGUCGGCGACUCCGUCAACGAACCCACGGCGCCUUCCACCGCCUUGCUGGUCCCACGAUGAGACCGUGGCACUGAUUGAUGCCUAUCGUGACAAGUGGUACACCCUGCGGCGUGGAAAUCUGAAGGCUAACCACUGGCAGGAGGUCGCCGAAGCUGUGGCUCGACGCUGCCCUAUUCCUUCGCCUCCCAAGACUGCCGUUCAGUGCCGGCACAAGAUGGAGAAGCUGCGUAAGCGGUACCGCACAGAGAUCCAGCGUGCGAGAUCUAUGCCUGUCUCUAGGUUUUCGUCGUCCUGGGUCCACUUCAAGCGUAUGGACGCUAUGGAGAAGGGUCCAUCGGCGAAACCCACUUACAAUUCCGGUAGUGAUAACGAGAAUGAAGACGAUGAUAGCGAUCAUGAAGAUAAUGGCAAUCAAGAUUACUAUGAAGACGGGUUGUUCAAUAACAGUGCGAACAGAGUUUCUGAUAAUAUGAGGAGCGUGAACAAGAUGUACCGGAAUGGUGCUGUCGCCGGCUCUAGCAGUGGAGCUGCUGGAGGUGGGUUUAGGCUCCGAAUACCCACUGGUGUGAGUAUAGCCCAGCCGGCUCCGUCUAAAUUUUAUGCAAAAAUUGAUAACAGCUAUAGUUCAAUCCCGAACCCUAAUUUUAAUAGCAACAACAACCCUAAUGCUAUAUCCGGGUUUGGGGCUAGGGUUUUCAGGGAGUUUGAUGAUAAGGCAAGGAAUAGGGAGAGGGAGAGGGAGAGGGAGAGGGGAAAGGAGAAGGAGGAGAAGGAUCCAAUUGCUGAUAUGGUGGCAGCCGUAAAAGUGUUGGGGGAUGGGUUUGUGAGGAUGGAGCAGAUGAAGAUGGAGAUGGCAAGGGAGAUUGAGACUAUGCGGAUGGAGAUGGAGAUGAAGCGAACAGAGAUGAUUCUCGAAUCCCAGCAACGGCUUGUGGAGGCCUUUGCAAAGGCCAUGUCUGAUAAUAAGAAGAAAAGUAAGAGAAUGCCUUUGCCGGAGUCUUAAGGACAUAAAUGUGCUGGCUUUAGCACUCUCUGGCUUGGUUUUUAUCAAGAUGGAGUCAUGUAAGCUCAAGAGUUUUAAUGUUCAGUUCAAUUUCAUGCGGCAUUUCUAUUAUAUCUUGAGCUAAUAUAGAAUGAUUUAGAGCUUAGAAAGGUUUAGACUGCUGUUUAGAUUCAUAGCUCAAGAGUUUUAAUGUUAUCUUUGUAAUUUGAUUCAAUGUGGAGGAACCAAGUUGUUUCAUAUUCAGUGAUAUUUUGCUUAUGCAUCAUGGUAAAGUUGUUUCAUAAA